CGCAUGACUCGGACGCGUGCACUCGUCCGCAAUCGGUUGUAUUCGUUUUCAUCAGUGCAGGCCACGUCGAAACGGCUCGUGACUAACCAUGAAGUUUUCAAAAAUCGUACGCUACACCAAAAUGAUCGUACACCGACACCGGCGGAUGCUUGUUUUCGGUAGCAUAGCGGUCGUGGUAGCUCUGAUACUGACAGCCAAGCACGAGAAUAACGUUCGGUUCAUCAGCAGCGACAUGGAAAAUGCCAGGCCACGCGAUGUCUGGGAAUACGUGUCGGACUUCUCUAAUGUGAUGAAGCUCAAUCCGACCAUAAUGAAAUUCAUAAUAACGCACGAAUCGACGGAUUACAAACAAUGGAACUAUACGGUUGAGUAUGAAGAACACUUAUCUCAGAUUCCGUUCGUGAUCAACAAGAUUAUCGGCGAUUUCAUUGUAGACAAAUCACAUUCGCAACCCGCAAUCAAAUCAACACACCGGACAUGUUUUGCCAAGAUUUAUUGUUUGAACACUAAAUCGGAAAUGAUAUUUGUGGACCUAUUGAACGGCACUAGAAUCGUGGAGAAGAUCAAGUACGAAUGCCCGUGGUUGUUGACCAGGUUUUGCAUGAAUGAAGUCCUCUACCAGCGGAAAGAGAUAUUCAGACAACUCCAGACCGUGUUCUCGUACACAAGACAUUAAUUUUAUUACUAUUUAUUAUUUAUUAUAUUAUUAUUAAAGUUACUUUGUUUAG